AUGAGGAGUGUGAAAAGGCCUUCCAGGCCUGAAAAGGCAUCUAGGACAGGCCCACUCCUCUCCAAGCCAAAGCUCGAUGAUAUCCUUCAACUAUACCUGGUCGUCUCUAAUGAGGCCACCAGCUCAGUUCUAAUCCAAGAGGAAGGAAUCACCCAACUCCCCAUGUACUAUACUAGCAAGGCAUUCCUAUAUCCAGAAACUCACUAUCCCAAUAUGGAAAAGCUAGCGUUAGCCUUGAUCACAGCUUCUACGAAGCUGAGGCCCUACUUCCAGGCACACACCAUUCACGUGUUGACCAAAUUCCCUUUAAGGACGGCCAUCAAAGGCCAAGCUUUAGCUGAUUUUGUGACAGAGUUCACCAAUAUACCCGAGGUGGAGGAGGUUAUGGAACCUGUUGAACCUCCCAAGUUGAACAUGUUCGUGGAUGGUUCGGCUGGAGACAGGUUCGGGAGCUGGGGUAGUCCUGGCCUCAAAUUCGCCAAAGAAAUGCAUGUAAGGAGGCUACAUAUCAACAGUGACUUCCAGCUGGUGGUGAGCCAAAUGAAUGAAAGUUUUUCAGCUAGAGAUAAAACCAUGGUCUCUUACUUGAAGAUGGUGAUGAACCUCCUCCUAUCUUUUGAAAAAUUCAAAAUAAUGCAGAUCCCUCUCCUCGAGAAUGCACAUGCAGAUGCUCUCUCUAAACUCACAAGCAGCAAGGACUCUGAACUUCUUGCUAUAGUACCAAUUGAGCACCUCAUCACGCCGUCUACCGAGGCCUCUGAGGACCAUGUCCUGCCAACUGACAAAGACGAGGCCUACAAGUUGAGAAGGAGGUCAGCUCAUUUUCUCUUCAUUGAUGACGUACUCUACAAAAGAAGUUUCUCCUCUCCACUUCUUCGCAGUGUAGGGAGAGACGAAGCCACUUACAUUCUGAGAGAAAUCCACGAAAGUAUUUGUGGCAAUCAUUCAGGAGGACUAGCCUUGGCACAAAAGAGGCAACCCUCGCAGGAGCUAAAUGUCAUCUCCAACCUAUGGCCCUUCUCUAAGUGGGACGUGGAUCUGAUAGGUCCUUUACCUAAAGGCAGAGGAGGCGCGAACUUUUCCAUUGUGGCCAUUGAUUACUUCACAAAGUGGAUUGAGGCCGAACUGCUAGCAAAAAUCAUAGAAGUAAAUACCUCCAAGUUCUUUUGGAAGAACAUCAUAUGCCGAUUCAGAAUACUCCACUCCAUAGUUUCAGACAAUGGAAGGCAGUUCGACAAUAAGAAGGUCAGGAACCUGUGCGCAGAACUUGGAAUUAAGAAGCACUUAUCAACGCCUCGUCAUCCUCAAGCUAAUGGCCAAGUUGAGGUUGUAAACAAGACGAUCAAACAUGUCCUCAAAAGAAAACUGGAUGCAUCAAAGGGAGCUUGGGUUGAUGACCUGCCUCAAGUGCUUUGGGUAAUCUGA